UUUGCACUAUUUUGCAACAAAUAAUAUUAAGUGCGAUUAAACAAAUCAACUUUCCAUUUAAUGGUUUUGGUUACUUUUUUGGAUUUCGAGUCAUACAAAAACGUUAAUAACAUGUAUUAAAGCUACCGGUAUUAUUAUAUUAGUUGAUGGCUUAUAUAUAUAUAUAUAUAUAUAUAUAAGCUGUAAAAAUGGACGUGUUUGUAAAUCGUAAUGAAUGUGCAUAUUAAACUGUGUGCAGUUUAUUAUAAAUAAUAAACAGCAAAAUAAUAAAAAUCAUAAAAAUCAUAAACACUAUUAAGCUGAUAUCUAUGUUAUGAGUUAAGCUCGUGGCCCGUAAUACCUUUAAAGGCCUUUUUCUAUUAAUUACUAAAUAAGUGUUACAGUUGACUAACCUAUACUACGCUAAAUACAAGAGUUGACAUGGAUCACUCAAAUUUGCCGUUUGGUUUUGCUUUACCGGGUCAUCCGCCCAUACCACCCACAGCUAAUAUGUUGGCAGGCGGUCAUCCUACGCCAACUCCAAGUCCUCCACAAAGUGUUCCGGGACGUCGAACACCUUUAGGCUCGGUAGGAUUAGGUGGUUUUUAUGCACAAGGCUUGGGAAUGCUGCAACAGGGUUUGCCACCUGGUGAUGAAAAUAAGCCAGAAACGGCUUUAUUAGAUAAGCCGGGUGCGGGGAAUCUAAUGUUACCUCCCAAUCUAAGCAAUAGCUUGGAUGGCAGCGGAGGCAAUAUCGGUCAUAGUGCAGGUCCCCCAACGCUUGGAAUUGGUAGAGGAGAAACAAAUCCUCAAACGCUUGGAACUGUUAGAGGAGAAGCGGGAGGUGGUAAACAGAAAAAUCGUCAAGGGAAAACUGUACGUUUGAAUAUAAAUGCCAGAGAACGUAGACGAAUGCACGAUUUAAACGAUGCCUUAGAUGAAUUGCGUAAUGUUAUACCGUAUGCUCAUUCACCAUCCGUAAGGAAAUUAUCUAAAAUAGCAACAUUACUGUUAGCAAAAAACUACAUACUUAUGCAACAGAACGCGAUCGAAGAACUAAGAAGACUUUUAGCUUAUAUACAAAGCACUACGGGAGCAGCUCCAUUGGACUUGGCUUCAUUUCCAGCGGCCGCCAAAUUGCAAGCUUUACUCCAAGGAGCUGCCAAUGAACAAGCUCAACCGGGAAAUAGUUAAAGAUGUUCUUUUUCUCUUUAGAAAAUUCUUGCGUGCGAAAGUUUCUCAACUUUUAAGUCAAGAAGACUAAAGAGUAAAUUGAGAAAAUGAAAGCACCUACGUACCUAGGUACAUAAAUAUGUAUUUCUUGUGAAUUAUUAAUCGUUUGCCAAAAAUCUAGAUAAGUCAACGUCGAAACUAGU